AUGCAUCCUCCUGCUGAAGUUGUUUCAAAAGCAUUUGUGAAGAAUUGCAAAGGCCAUGGGAAGGACGUGGAUCCUUCGGAAGUAGUGUACGUGCAGCCCGUGAAAAUCAAGCCAGUCGGGGACCAGAUCCCAGCCAUCAUUGCUGGCAAAGGGGGGUUGCAACUGCCCAUCAGCUACCCGCCACCUCCUGCACCCUACUACCCUCCCGUGCACCACUUCCACGACCACCACCACCACAAGAAGAAGAAGAGGAAGAAGCUGUACGGAUAUGGUUCCAGCAGCAGCAAUUACGGUGCUCCUCUGCACUUGGGCAGCUCCAGUAGCAGUGGUGCUGGCCCCAGUGGCUACCAUUAUGGUGCUCCAGCUGCUCAUCUGGGCAGCUCCAGCAGUGGCGGGUCAAGUUACGGUUCAGUACCCAUUUCAUCAGGAGCAGGCAUACCAUAUGCCAGGGAUGACAGUAACACCUAUUAUGACAGUCUGGAGUCACUUGGUGCAGAUGGUGGGGCAAGAGUUCUAGGAGGAGGAGGAGGAUCUCAUCAGUUGCUGCAAACCCAGUUGGCAUUCUCAGGGUUAUCAACUGGAGCAGGAUUUGGCACAUCUUCGCAAUCUCAGGGUUACCAUCAGACAAACUUGGAAUCUCACCCAGGUGGCAAUAAGCGUGGACCCAGACGGCAGUUCAACACACCCAACUCACAGAGGAGUCCCUUUGUCAACCCUCAAGUGGCCCAAGUACAGGCCCAGGUUUCUCAGACACAGUAUGCUCAGCAGCAGCAAUAUACUCAGCAGCAGAACCCUUUUGCAGUGCACCAACAGCCUCAGUACAAUGCCCCACAAGCCAGUUUCAAUCAUCCAGUAUACUCACCAGCCAGCGGGAAAUCCAUUGACGACCAAUGCUUGUGUGUGCCAGCAUCACUGUGUGCACUCCAGCACACCUUCGCUGGUGCUGGAAGCAGGGACAUUUACGCAGGUGCUGCUGAUAAUAACAGGCCGGCUAAUUACCAGCAGUACAACCAACUGGACCCAAGAAACACGCAUCCGCAACACCCUGGAGAAGCCAAUAAAGAUGCCAGUAUUAGGAGGACGAAAAGAGACGCUGGACAGAAAAAGGUCCUGUCAAACUUGACCCCAGCACAACCAGAGUCCAAGGGAGGGAAAGGAGGAGGAGGAGGAGAGGGGUCGUCAAGUGAAAGGGGAGAGAGUGACAUAGUGCCUUCCUUUGGAGUGAGUCUCUUCACCAGACCUUACAACACUCAGCAAAAUGGACGCCCCUUGUCCAUCCUGCCCCAGCUCGCACUCUCAGUGGAUGUAGAUGAAGGAGAGACUGUGUUUAGACCCAGACUGGAGUUUAAUGUGCUUCCAGGGUUCCUGCCAGGUCACAGUGAGGACUUUGGCAUCAAUGAAGUGUUGGAUGGACGGUAUGGCACACACCACUCCAAUACCUACAAUCACGUUCCUCAUGCUGCUGGGCCACUUUACCACCAGAGGCCUCACUUUCCUCCAUAUGCUGGCAGAGGAGCACAAUAUCAGCAUCAUCAUCAUACCAGCAGGGCCCAGCUUGGAGAAAAUGGCGGAUUCCAAGGGAUUUCCAUCGGGAGAAAGGCAGAGGGGAGAAGCGUGAGUGAGGAUUCUCAAUUUAGCACAAGUGGCAAAAUAAUCUUUCCAACAUCGGAUGAUGCCAAGGACCAAGUAUCAGCACACAGGACAUCCAGGCAGGAGACUGAUGGUGAGCCAAAGAUGAUAAGGGUGGGCCGGAAAAAAAGGUCACUGUAUGGAGACACAGGACUUCUUCUUCCUCCUCCUUCUCCUCAUCAUCAUCAUCAUCAUCAUGGCAGACAGAAGCGCUCUCCACAAAGGUACUCUGACGCAGUUGUUGUUGAAGACUCUGAUUAUAGACCUGCACCAUCCGCCACCAGGCCUGUUGGAGGAGGAGGGAUCCAAAGUGAAGCCUCAGUUGGAGGUGUGGGAGUCUCUGGUGGAGUCUCAGGUGGAGUGCCAGCAGUGGGCAACCCUGGGAACCCAAUUUCAUCUGGAACUCAGAGCCAACCCAACAGACCAUUUGGAUUCAUCACUGAGGCCAUCCAGAGUCUCAUCCCUGGCCUGGGUCCAGGUGGUGGUGGUGGUGGUGGUCAAGGAGGAGGUCCUAGUGUGGAGAAUGGUGGAAUAGGAGGAGGAGGAGGAGGAGGUAACAGACCAUUUGGCUUUGGCAAAGGAAAGGGACAAGGAGGAGGUGGGCCCAUUUUCAACUUCAAGCCUCUGAUCAUUGGUCAAAGUGUUGCCAAUCCCGGUGGAGGGGGAAUCAGCAGUGAAUCAGGGAGACCCUUUGGAGGAGGAGGGCUUUUUGGCAAGAAGGGCAACAAAGGCGGUGGCAAUAAUAAAGGCAAUGGUGCAUCAUCAGUAGGCACAGAGGCUGGGGGUUCAGGGGAGCAAUCCAUUGCUGAAAAGUUUGAGGAGAAGAAAAAGAAGAAGAAGAAGCAGAAGGGGGAGCAGGGCGGGGGCAACCGGGCCAGGUACUCGGACUACAUCAGACCCGGCAUCGGGGUGAACCUGCUACUCAAGCCCAAGUAUGUGCCCCUGGACAGUCAUCAAGGGAUAGACCUCCUGCCUCAAGUGGGCCUUGGAAUAGAGUACGGAAAAGGACGGUUCAAGUACCAGCCCAGAGCGCACCUCAACGUGUUCCCAGCUGGGUUCUUUGGACCCUACCCUCCCCAUGUGAAUCAACCACCACCACCACCACCACCUCCUUUAAGACCACCACCACCAGGUGGCCCCUUGCUGCCAAUUGGCCCAGGUGGAGUCCCAAUUCCACCCCCUGGAGCCACUCAUCACCAUCAUCUCCACAAGUACAUCCCAUCAGGAGGCCUUCCCAUUCAAUACUCAGCAGAAGCUAGUCAAACUGGCGGAUUACCAAAAGAGAGCAUCAGCCCAGACACCACUGCUGGUGCAGCUCUGCAGAGCAAUCAAGUUGCUCCAUCAUCAUCUCUGAGCAGUGAACAGCAGAGCUUGCAAUUGAAUUUAUCCAGGCUUAUAGCUUUACAGAGUGUAUUGCAGCACCAGGAGCAGCAGCUGCUCCAACAACAACAACAACAACAACAACAACUGCCAAGCUCAACAAAAGUGGACACUUUGGCCCUCAUGCAGAUUCUGCAGCAAAACCCACAGCUUUUUUCCUCUCAAAAUGGCCUAUCAAACAACGUGGCUCCGAUAACACCUCAACAAACUUCAAGGUUCCCCUAUUCCUCAUCAAGCAAUCAAAGCAUUGACAUCAAAACACUGUUGGCAAACUUGAAAGCUAGCCAGCAGCAAGGGAGCAGAAGUAGACUGAGUCCAGCUCAAGAAGAGAGAAUCAAGGGCUUGCCUGCUUAUUAUUUCCAGUCAUUCUACCAACCCAAUGACAGAGCUUUCUCCAGAAGAAUCAGCACUGUUCCUAGGACCAAAAGACAGUCAAAGGCCUCGAGGAUUAUUUCCUCAAGGGACAGAAGCACGCAGAGCUUUGCUUCAUCAGCAUUCCCUCAGAACCAGAUAUCAGAGGCUCUUGGGGUUCCUGCCAACACAGUUCCAGGGUUGACAGCUAGUCAAUUGCAGCUCCUGCACCAGCUUUCAUCAUUAUCAUCAUCAUCAUCAUCAUCAACUGCUGCUGGUCAUGAUCAACAACUUUCCUUGCUUAUAGGAGGAGGGUUGUCAGCAGGGCAAACGCAACUCUUGCAGCAGCUAUUAGCAUCAGCCAAUCAUCAGCAUCAGGCACUAGCAGGGGGAAACAGUGUGCAUUCCUCAAGCAGUAUUAGCAUUGAGAGGCCCAGCAACCCACUGGUGCCUCUGUCCCCGGGGGUCUUUUCCAGCCUGGAGACCCCCUUUGAACAGACGAGCAAGCAGGGCACAUUUGUAGGGGUCAUCAAGGGUUACUUUAUCCCCAAACGGUCUCAGAGAAACUUGGAGAUACAGAAUUAUAGCCCUCAGCAGCAGAGUGUAGUCACUGUGGUUAGGGAUGAUCAACAACCAGGGAAGAGUGUAGUAGCGCUUGAAGUUGGGCCUGAGCUGUGCCAAUAUGUAACUUGUGAGAAGCUGGAGGCUCAGUGUGGGAUCUACCAAUUGGCUAGGGUCCAGUCGAAUCGAGGCGAGAGACAACUUGGCAACACCAAUGGGAUCUGUGGGGCUUAUGAAGUGUGCUGCAGGAAUACUGGGAUCAAUAAUAACAGGCCUUCCAGCACCAAUAAUGGACAAUGCGGGGUGCGUUAUGCCAGGGGUAUCACAGGCAGAGUCAAAACUCUCACAUAUGCGGAUGGAGAUGCAGAAUUUGGUGAAUACCCUUGGCAAGCAGCCAUCCUGAAGAAGGAAGGCAUUGACAAUGUCUACAUUUGUGGAGGCACUUUGAUUGAUGAUCAACACAUUGCCACUGCUGCCCACUGCAUCAAAGGAUACAGCCCAAGUGACCUGAGAGUGAGACUUGGUGAGUGGGACGUGAACCACGACACGGAAUUUUAUCCCCAUGUGGAACUAGAUGUCUCUGCAGUCGUGCUGCAUCCCGAAUUCUAUGCAGGAUCCUUGUACAAUGACAUUGCCAUCCUGAGGCUCAUCAGCUACGUAGACUUUAGCCGAAACCCUCAUGUGAGUCCCGUGUGUCUACCGAGCCAGUACUCGGAGUUGCCAGCAGGAUACAGAUGCUGGACCACGGGCUGGGGAAAGGAUGCCUGGGGCAAGUCUGGACAGUACCAGAACAUACUCAAGGCGAGUACUGAAGUGGAUGUACCCCUUGUAGAGCAUCGGGAAUGUGAGAAUAGAUUGCAAAACACGAGGCUUGGGGUGUCCUUCAACCUUCAUGAGGGAUUCUUGUGUGCUGGUGGGGAGGCUGGCAAGGAUGCUUGCAAGGGGGAUGGAGGAGGACCUUUAGUGUGCGACAUUCAGGGAACUUGGCAAUUGGCAGGGAUCGUCAGUUGGGGGAUCGGCUGCGGAGAACAAGACGUGCCAGGUGUUUAUGCCAAGGUUGCCAACUACCUGCCCUGGAUAGAGUCAGUCACCAGAAGCACUCUGGGUUAA